GGCCGGGUUCAGUCAAACAUAGAAAUUGCUGAUUGCUGUUUUUCGGUUGAUCUGUUACUUAUUAGCUUAAGAAAUAUACAUAAGAGAAAGCCGGGUAUAAGACAAGUUUUUUUUCGUUACAAAUAAAAACUAAAAAUUUAUUACUUCAGUCAGGAAAAAUUGAGAAAGUUUAUUUCUAUAAAACAUUAUGUUAUAGAUUAUCAUUUGAUGAAAAUCAGAAGAAUUGUAAAGUUUUAUCGCCGCUGUUAUGAUUGAUAUAUGUUUAUAAAAGGAAACAAAUUAUUCGAAGCAAAUUAUAUUCAAAUUGCUCCAACACUUGUUUUUAUAUUUCACAUUGCGAAUAUAAAAAAGACAUUCGGGAGAGAAGGAACUAUAAUAUCAGAAUCAAAAAGGUUUUUAUGUUUAACGUAAUAACUUUUCCAACAAACGUUUAUAAAGUGAUACAAACAGUGCUGUGACCAAAAACCGGAAAGAAAAUCACCGAAAGUUGUUGAUUUUCUUUUGUCGAUUAAAAAGCAUAACAAAACCAUCUCCAAGAAUCAACUAUAUAUAUCAUCAGUUCACAGACAAGUUGUCUAGUAAAAAUCGAGAAAAUUAAGGAAAACGACGUGCUAGAAGACGUAAUGAAAAUGGAGGUACUUUCCGUACAAAAUCAAUUUCAAGGACAUUUCGGGAUGAUAGGGUCUACAAAAGUUAGAGAUUGGAUAACACCCCCAUCAACGACACAUAACAAUAAACAUGCAGAUAUUACGACACUCACCACCACCAUUAACAAUGACACAACCAUCGAAGCAUUAUCGGCACGUCUCCAGAGCGAAUUGAGAGCGGCCAAAAGUAGACAUCUGGCGUGCACAGAAGUUUUACUGCCGGCCGAUUUACUCCAUCGUGUCGCUAACGAAAUGGUUUUAAUGUCGGAGAAGGAGCCUUGCGGAAUCAGGGGUUGUAGUUUGUUUAUCGAAUUCGAAGAGGAGCCUAGUAAUACAAGAAGAAUAGCAUCUAUCCAAGUCGAUUCAAAUACAGUAUCAACAUUUGAAUUAUAUUUAACGCUUAAACAAGAUAGAAGUGGAUGGACUUCAAUAUUGCCACAGUUUUUAAAAAAUUUGGCACGUAGCAGUACAAUAAUGAUAAGUCCGGAAUUCAAAAUAACAAAAAAUAAAUUAUAUCGAUCGUUCUCGGAGUAAACAAAAAAAGAAUGAAAGAGAAAGAGCAGAAAAUGUACCGAUCAUCUUACAGCGAUUCCAUGAAAAACAUAUUGUAUCAUCGAGGUAAGAGAAAAGGAAAAGAUCUCAAUAAUAAUUUUUUUUUUGGUGAAACUCUAGACGAUCAAACCUAUGAUUACUUGUACCUAUAACAUAGAAUCUGUGAAUUUUUUUUUAUAAUUUCGUAAUUUUUAUAUUGAUUAUUUGCGUUAGUUCACAAACCGUUUAACUAACCCAUUAAGUGACGAAUAUUGUUGAAGAAGUGAAAGAAAAAAGAAGAGCCAUAGUUCCUAACGAUUUAUACUGUAGAAAAAAUUGAUUUUUUUAAGUUCGAUUGGGAAUAAACUUUUUGUUAUGUUUUUGCAAUCCAAAGUCAAUUCAGUCAAAUUUGACAGUUUUUAUUCAUAAUUUUUGUUUUGUUUUGAAUAAAUGAAAAUAUAAAUUUAACAAAACAAAAAACAUCUUUGGAACUAUACCUACAACUUGUCUAAUUGAAUCGAAGACAGAAAACCAGCAAUAUAACACGAAACAAAAAUCCAUUAAUGAGGCUAAAAGUUGAUUUUCUUAUUGAAGCAAUUAUUGAUGUCAGAAUUUGACAAAACAAAAUCUCUUAACAUUUAUAAACCAGUCUUUGAUUUUUCCGAAUGUGAAAAGUAAUGAGUUCGUCACAACUUUUAAAUUUUGAUAUUUUUUUUAAAUUGUGAAUAACAUUUCAAUUAUUUUCAUUUUGUUUGAUUUCCCAUCACAUAUAAUUUGCUUACAAUGGAUCAAUUAUAUCGAUACGUCUAUAGGUUUGAUCGCUGCUUUUUUUUAUCAUAAUUUAAUGAAGAAGAAAAAAAUACAAAAAUUGAAGUAGUUUUACAGAAGAACGGAAGAAAGAAGAAAGAGAAAAACAAAGUUCAUUAAAAAAAACACUUGAUUUUUGAGCGACGUUAAUCAUUAGAUGUUGAUUGUUGUGUUUAUCCAAGGACAUUUACGUAGAAAUUAUCAAAAUAUAAAAUGCUUUUUACUUAUCAUCAUCAUAAAGACCGGAUUAUCUCAAAUUUUUUUUCGUUGUUUUCUCAAUUGCUUAAACCGUAUAGUCGUGCCGUAGAGAGCUAAUCAUAAUAUUUCAAGAGUCGGUUUUUGAACAACAAUUUUUUUUUAUUAUUAUUAUUUUCACGAUCAUACAUUUACAAAUUGACAAUAUCUCAAAAUGGAGUUUACAAUUUUUUUGUAGUUUCUAUUCGUUUUGCAUUAUUUCAAAACGAUUUCAAUUCUCCAUUCUAUGAAAUGAAUAAACUUUGAGAUUUGAUGAACAAUCUUUGAGUAUAAUACAACCAUAUUAAUGAACAAUCGUGACUUUGUCAUUUUUAAUUUCACAUUUUGAUCAACUUUUUUUUGCAAUUUUUUUUAAAUUUAAUUCUCAUUCAAAACUCACUAAUAAACGUAUCCUAGAACUUGUGUGUAGAGACGAUAUUUGGGAUGUUUUUCAUAUAAAAUAUAUUAUUUUUCUUCUAUAUCUUUUAUUAUAAAUUCAGAAUAAAACGUUACGUAUAUCCCCUCGUACGGUCGUAUAUGAUUAUACUCAAAAUAUAGAUGUUAUAGCGACAAAGUGUUUUUCUUUUUAUAUGAAUCUAUAAUAGUUUUUAGAAAUAUAAACUCAGAUAAAAUAAAAUAAAAUUUAAAAAAACAACAACCAACAAUAAUACAAAAAAAAUAAUAAAAAUAAAAUGAAAUCCAUAUUAACAUUACAAACUAAUCGUAAAACUUUUUAUUGAUCUUAAUGUAUGAAAAAAAAACUAUGAAGAAAGUUAUUAUAAAAAAAACAAAAAAAAUUAAAAAACAAAUUAAUUUUUAAGUAAUUACAUAUUACGAUGAAUUAAAGAAAAAAACAACAUACAAAUAUACAAAAUCAAGUGUCGAUUCAAUUAUUAGUUGAUGAAAAGUGGAUAUAUAUAUUAUAUAUGUAUUAGUAGUUAUAUAUUUCAGAAAGUGAAUGUAUUAGUAGCAUAUAAGAAGCACAACGUGAUCAAAAAAAAUAUCAGUUCGUUGGUUAUGUUGGCCUUUAUUCAUUAAAAAAAGCGCAAAAACAAUAAAAAUCAUGAAAAAAAAAUGAUAAAAUUUAUAUUCUCAUCGCAUAACAUUAAGCAUUAUUUUGCAAUAAAAAACAAAUCGAAGAUUUAAUUGGUCGAAAUCGAAAUCAGUGAAAAUUUAUAAAUCGUUUUUUCUUUCUACCUUUAAACCCUCUAUCAAUAUAUCGCAAUUUGUUUUUGUCCUUCAUUUUAAUUCUCUUUAUAAUUCUAUCAAUCAGUACAACGAACUGACAUAUAAUAACUAGUUUUUAAGGAUCGAUUAUUUAUUACAAAAAAAUUGUCUAUUUUACAUAUUUUAUUCGAUGAUAUUUUAUUACUCAUUCAAAAACAAUAAACAAAAUCCCUGGAAAAUUAAA